UACACACACACACACACACCAGAGAGAGAGAGAGAGAGAGAGAGAGACUGAGACUGAGACUGAGAUAGAGAGAGGGAGAGAAUGAAGGGAUUGAGGUGAUGGACACAGUUAGAAAUGGUGGAGAAAGAGAAGGAGAGAUGAGCAUGAUGGAGUGGGAGAAACAAGAACAACAGCAUCUGCAACAACAACAACAACAAGAAAAUGGAGGUUCCCUGUACGUGAAGGUUAUGACAGAUGAACAAAUGGAAAUUCUUCGACGCCAAAUCUCUGUUUAUGCCACCAUUUGCGAGCAACUUGUUGAGAUGCACAAAUCCAUUACUGCCCAACAAGAUCUUGCAGGAAUGAGGCUUGGAAAUCUAUACUGUGAUCCCUUAAUGUCAUCUUCCGGCCACAAGAUCACUGCCAGGCAGCGGUGGACCCCUACACCCAUGCAGCUCCAAAUUCUUGAACAAAUCUUUGAUCAAGGCAAUGGGACUCCAAGCAAGCAGAAGAUCAAAGAGAUAACUUCUGAGCUAACACAACAUGGCCAAAUUUCUGAAACAAAUGUUUAUAACUGGUUCCAGAACAGGCGGGCUCGAUCAAAAAGGAAGCAACUGGUUCCAGGAUCAAAUAAUCCAGAAUCAGAAGUAGAGACAGAGGUUGAGUCUCCGAAGGAAAAGAAAGCAAAAUCUGAGGACGUCCAUUCGCAUGAGAACCCAAAUCCAUGGAAUGAGGAUCUAUCUUUCCGAAGUCCGGAGAUAAGCUCUGACCUUCAUGCCUUUGAUUCACAGCCAAAUAAGGAUGAGUCCACGUUUCCAUCGGAUGGUAGCUCAAAAUCUCAAGGGAGUUUGGGCCACAUAUCUUUCUAUGAUAGUGUCCUAUCGAAUCCAAGAAUUGACCACCUGAUGGGAAAAAUGGAAAUGCCAGGUGUCUUUAAUCCUUACCGGCAGGGAGAAGGCUAUGACAUGAUUGGAUGAUGCUCUUCACGUGUUUGUUUUGGCACGCAAGACACGCUCACUGGAAUCCUAGGUGCUGAUGGCAUCCUGAGAUUGAUAGACUAGUUAACAGUUAGAGAGUAGUGUUUAUUUAUGAAAAUAUAUGGAUCACACACAACAUAGUAAAAGUUUAAAGUUAUACACAGGUAGCUAGCUUAAGCAGGACUUCUAAAGGACUGGGUGUCUUGGAUCUGAAGUUUCUUUCUUUGGAUAUGAUAAGUAUAUAUAUUACCCCAUUUGGUGGAACAUAAUAAUUUGCAUUCUGUUGUGCUUGUUGAUUUCUUUCUGGCUAGUGAUGCUUGGUUGGGUCUA